GCAUCCCAAGCAAAAGGGAGACACGUGAGCUUUGAAUCAGGAUAGCCCGAAGCAGCACUUCCGCUUUGGGCACACCCCAUCGUCCCUUAGACUACCGCUCCUCCCCGAGUCCCAGAAAGGCCCUGUCAAGGGCUGCAUGUUCUGAUUCGGAGGGACGCCUCAGUGAAGAGCGCUCACUCCUGCCUGGGGCAAUCUGACCACAGCUCACAGACGUUGGCACCCCUGCACAGACUUGGGAAAGGUAAAGUCUGUGUUCAUUAGGGAGACUUGGACUGGGCACGAGGUGCAGGUGUGGACGCCAGGCAAGCUGAGUUCUGAAGGACCCUGCAGAUCGGAUCGGAAGCUGCACUGGGCAAGACCUGGGCUGCGGCCGCUGGAGGACCCUGCGUUUGGGGUCUUUCCUUCCUGAACCGUGGAGGCCAAGGCUUGCCAGUUAGAACGCUGGUGCAGGAACUUCAGGAUGGUUCAUGCUAAGAGCUGGAUCCUGAAGAAGCACUUUGAAGGCAGCCCCACUCAUGGUAACUUUGAGUUGAAGACAGUUGAACUCCCACCCUUAAACAAUGGAGAGGUCCUGCUGGAGGCUUUGUUCCUCACUGUGGAUCCUUACAUGAGAGUGGCAGCCAAAAGAUUGAAGGAGGGUGAUAUGAUGAUGGGGCAGCAAGUGGCCAGAGUUGUGGAAAGCAAAAACUCAGCCUUCCCAACAGGAACUCUGGUAGUGGCUUCUUCAGGCUGGACAACUCACUCCAUUUCUGAUGGGAAAGAUCUGGAAAAACUGCCUGCAGAGUGGCCAGACACAUUACCAGUAUCUUUGGCUCUGGGAAUCGUUGGGAUGACAGGGCUAACAGCCUACUUUGGCCUACUUGACAUCUGUGGUGCGAAGGGUGGAGAAACAGUGAUGGUUAAUGCAGCAGCAGGAGCAGUGGGCUCUGCUGUGGGUCAGAUAGCUAAGCUCAAGGGCUGCAAAGUUGUUGGAGCAGCAGGGUCUGAUGAAAAGGUUGCCUACCUUAAAAAGAUUGGAUUUGAUGUUGCCUUUAACUACAAAACAGUAGAGUCUUUGGAAGAAACUUUGAAAAAAGCCUCUCCUGAUGGUUACGAUUGUUAUUUUGAUAAUGUAGGUGGAGAGUUUUCAAACAUUGUUAUCCCCCAGAUGAAGAAAUUUGGAAGGAUUGCUAUGUGUGGGGCCAUCGCUGUCUAUAAUGCUACUCGCCCACUUCCCCCAGGCCCACCCCCAGAGACUGUUAUCUACCAGCAACUCCGCAUGGAAGGGUUCCUCGUCACCCGCUGGCAAGGAGAUGUCCGCCAGAAGGCUCUGAAAGACUUGCUGAAGUGGGUCCUAGAGGGUAAAAUCCAGUAUCAUGAGUUCAUCACUGAAGGGUUUGAAAACAUGCCAGCCGCAUUUAUGGGAAUGCUGAAAGGUGAAAAUUUGGGGAAAACAAUAGUGAAAGCAUGAAAAAAAAAAGACACAUGGAAUUUAGAACUCAUUUGGAUGAUUACUACAUGUCUUUUUAACCAUUUAGUAAAAAUAUAUACUACCUUCAAUAUCUAAGAAAUUGUAAUGAGUUUGAUCUAUCUAAUAAAACACAUUCAAGUGGUAUGUAAUUAGCAA